AUGAGUCACUUCGUGCGCGCAUCCAAAUACCGCCAUGUGUACGUCGAAUCUCCCAAGGCGGAGGCGUGUUGGACCGGCAUUCCGGUAGCCACGACCCAGGGAGAACAGAGCUACAUCAAGGGAAACACCAAGUACAUGGCCGUGGCGGUGCAGGGCGGAGGAGGGCCGUUCGCGGUGCUGCCGUACAACAAGCCCGGCCGGUUCGUGCGCGGAGGGCCGCUCGUGUCCGGCCACACGGCGUCCGUGCUUGACUUCGACUUCAACCCUUUCCACGAGCAGCUGGUUGCCAGUUGCUCGGAGGACUGCACCGUGAAGGUGUGGGGCAUCCCCGAGGACGGCUUUACGGAGACGGAGACGGAGGCUCUCAUCGACCUGCAGGGCCACGGCCGCAAGGUUACCCUCCUGCGGUUCCACCCCACCGCCAACAACGUGCUGGCAAGUGUGAGCGCCGAUAUGACCGUCAAGCUCUGGGAUAUCGAGGCCGGCAUGAACAUCAACACCCUCUCGGCACACGAGCAGCUGAUCCAGGACAUCGUGUGGGACUUCUACGGAAACACGUACGCCACCUCUUGCAAGGACAAGAGCCUCAGGAUCAUCGACGCGAGAUCGCCUCAAGUGGCGCAGUCCGUAGCGAUGGCUCACGAGGGAGCACGUUCCUCUAAGAUCACCUACCUCGGCACCAAGGAGAAGCUGGUCAGCGUGGGGUUCACGAAGCAGAGCCAGCGGCAGUUCAAGGUGUGGGACCCGCGAAACCUGUCCAAGGAGAUCAAGAAGAUGGAGAUCGACCAGGCGGCAGGCGUGAUCCUUCCCUUCUACGAUGAUGAGAGCUCGCUGCUGUACUUGGCGGGCAAGGGAGACGGCAACAUUCGGUACUACGAGUGUGUGGACGAGAACCCGUGGUGUUUCGCCAUCAGCGAGUUCCGGUCGACCACGGCGGCGAAGGGGAUGGCCAUGAUCCCCAAGCGGGGCCUGAACGUCAUGAAGUGCGAGACGGCGCGGCUGCUCAAGCUCACGUCCAACUCGAUCGAGCCGCUGAGCUUCGUCGUGCCGAGAAAGUCGGAUGCGUUCCAGGACGACUUGUUCCCGCCGUGCUUCUCCGGGCAGGCCUCUCACACCGCGGAGGAGUGGGUCAAGGGGUCGGAGAAGGCGCCCAUGAAGAUGGACAUGAGGCCACGAAACCUGGGGGUCUCGCUGGACCCUGUGGCGGCGGCGGCGGCGGCGGCCAAGAAGAAGAAGGCUUUCGCCCCGCUCAAGAGCUCCAAGGACAUGCAGAAGGACCUCGACGCCGCAAUGGCGCGCGUAGCUCUUCUGGAGAAGGUGAUCAAAGACGCUGGUCUUCGUGUGCCCUAA